CUAGGCGGAAGAAACACAGAUGGCGGCGGCGCGGCGCCAUUCCGGGCCGGGAGCAGGCAGCCAGCAGCCCUGUCCUCACCGCGGUCCGCCCGCCGCCGCUAAAUACCCGGAUGCGCCGCCCGAGCGCCAGACGCGGAGCUGGGAAAAAGGAGGCACAGGAGGCGGAGGCAGACGCAGAAGCGGAGGCAGAGUCAGGCGCUGAGACCGAGAGACAUACCGGCUGGGUUGGACCACGCAGAGCCGGUCCAGCGAGCCCUCCCGCCACCCAAGCCGGGGAGGGGAAGCAGCGACUCCUCGCCCGCAUUCCGGGGAACCGGACUCCGGACUGGCUCUGUAGUCAGGGGCCCGAGAGCAGGUCCCCAGGCAGGCUACGCUCAGCCUCCGACGAGGGCUGGCCGUUUGGAAAGCGUUUUCAACAGCCAGACCAGGCAGGCCACCAUGACCGAGAACUCCACGUCUACUCCUGCGGCCAAGCCUAAGAGGGCUAAGGCCUCCAAGAAGUCCACAGACCACCCCAAAUAUUCAGACAUGAUCGUGGCUGCCAUCCAGGCGGAAAAGAACCGCGCCGGCUCCUCACGCCAGUCCAUCCAGAAGUAUAUCAAGAGCCACUACAAGGUGGGUGAGAACGCCGACUCGCAGAUCAAGUUGUCCAUAAAGCGUCUGGUCACCACUGGUGUUCUCAAGCAGACCAAAGGGGUAGGUGCCUCGGGGUCCUUCCGGCUGGCCAAGAGCGACGAGCCCAAGAAAUCAGUGGCCUUCAAGAAGACCAAGAAGGAAGUCAAGAAGGUGGCCACUCCAAAGAAGGCAGCCAAGCCCAAGAAGGCUGCAGCCUCCAAAGCCCCAAGCAAGAAACCCAAAGCCACCCCAGUCAAGAAGGCCAAGAAGAAGCCUGCUGCCACGCCCAGGAAAACCAAAAAACCCAAGACUGUCAAAGCCAAGCCAGUCAAGGUAUCCAAGCCCAAGAAGGCCAAAUCGGUGAAGCCCAAAGCAAAGUCCAGUGCCAAGAGGGCCGGCAAGAAGUGACAAUGAAGCCUUUUUUUGUGGACACUCCUUCCUAUUUUCUGUAAAUACUUUUGUCCUUUUUCUCUUGAUUCUCAUCUGCACCCCUUUGCCCACUUUUGUUCUGACUUUAUAAGAGACAGAAUUUGGAUUCCUCAGAAAUUACAGAAUAAUCUGUUUUUCCUUACCCAGUUGUGCAAGGACAGCAACAAGUCUCACCUCUGUAAUGAUGAGAAUGUAUUUACAUUUUGUUUUGUUAUUAAUCUACUUACGGGUUAGGGAUUUUGGUGUGUUUGUGUUUUGUUAGAUGGUUUGUUUUUUAUGAAGAUGGGGAAGAGAGAACAAGCAAAGCAGUUUGUUCUGGUGAGAUGAGAGUGAGCCCAGGAAUUGUGAGGUUAGUCGGAGUAUCUUUAAGGCCAGCAAGCUUCAAGUUGGGCACCGCUUGUGGGUUUCACAACCUUUGGGGGAGAGGAGAGAGGUGGCAGCAGCUAGCGGGCAAAGGAGGGAGGUGGAAAAAAAACCGUCCUGGGGCUGACUUCCAUCUCCCAGUGGUGAGCAGAGGGAGUCCAAAACCCAGUUUCCUUCUCACUUCGGUUAGUCUGCCCUUGUGACCUCUCUGUUGUUUUGGGGAAAGGGCUGGGGGCAAGGGAGGCAAAGUGACAGCUGGUUGGAGAAGCUGUAGCUUCUCCCAGUCAGCUUAGGAACUACCCAUUGGGGCGCCCUUUGUGGCUUCGGCAAAGUCUCCUAAGAACCGGGAGUGGAAACUUUGGGGGAAGGGUGGGGAGUGUCAGCCAAGUGCCUCAGUGUGCCCUGUUGAAACUUGGGUUUUUCCACACAGUUGGUGGAUUGCGUCCCAGGAAGACUUUUUAUUUUCCUUUAGUUUUUUGCUACUCCUGUACAAGCGGUGGCUUUGCUUGGUCUGGGGAGGCUCCAGUCCCACCAACAGCCACUUAACCUGCUGAGCCCUUUUUACUUAGUCUUUUAUAAGUAGUUGUAGCUGGGGAGG